CGCGGCGCCUGCCACUUGCCGCCCUCUCCGGCGGCUAUUAUGCCGGCGCCCCGGGGCCGCUCGCACCGCGCCGCGCGACCGCCGCACCCGCGCUGCGCCGCAUCGAAACCGACCGCUACGAGUUCGCCCUCUCUCCCAUAACGUACGCGAUUACGCCUUUCACCUCUACAUCGAGGAAUGUAAAUAUUUAUGGAUGUCAGUUUUCAGUUGUUUAGAUUGGCUGUGAAAUUUAAGGUGAGAAUGAAAUCGACAAGGCGUGUUCGGGUACAUGAAGAUGCUAUUCGUCAUAGUGAGUGUAAGCGUGGCGGCGACCGGCUGGCGACGCCGCGGAUGUCGCUACUCGGCAAGCCCAUCAGUUACCGCGCCACGCGACGCGACGCGUGUUGCCGACGCUUUCAAUCCAAGUUCUACAAUUUCCUCGAACGGCCCAGGGGUUUCAAGGCCGUCCUUUAUCAUAUGAUUGUGUUCUUGAUGGUGUUCAUGUGUUUAUCGCUGUCAGUUUUCUCAACAAUAGAAGAAUACGAAGCAAAGGCUGGUAUCGUACUGCUCUAUAUGGAGGCUGUAGUUGUUGUGUGGUUCGCUAUAGAAUUUUGUUUAAGGUUAUGGUCUUCAGGAUGUCGCUCUCGGUAUCAGGGAUUGAUGGGUCGCCUCAAAUUUUUGAGGCGGCCCUUCUGUAUAAUAGAUGUAACCACAAUAAUAGCCUCGAUGGUGGUACUGGGAAUGGGUUCCUCGGGCCAAGUUUUUGCAGCAUCAGCGUUGCGCGGCCUGCGAUUCUUCCAAAUCCUGAGGAUGGUCCGCAUGGACAGACGGGGUGGCACCUGGAAACUUCUCGGCUCUGUUGUAUAUGCACAUAGACAGGAAUUGAUAACGACGUUAUACAUUGGAUUCCUCGGCCUUAUUUUCGCAUCGUUUUUAGUUUAUUUAGCAGAAAAAGAUGUUGCUGAUACAAAAUUUAAAAAUUUUGCAGAAGCAUUGUGGUGGGGUGUUAUCACGCUGUGCACAGUUGGGUAUGGCGACAUGGUACCGCAGACUUGGCAGGGGAAACUCAUAGCUUCAUUCUGUGCUUUAUUAGGGAUAUCGUUCUUCGCUCUUCCAGCUGGAAUACUAGGAUCUGGUUUUGCUCUGAAAGUGCAGCAACAGCAAAGACAGAAACACAUGAUCAGGCGACGUCAACCAGCUGCCACGCUCAUACAGGCGCUGUGGAGGUGCUACGCGGCGGAUGAACACUCAAUGAGUGUAGCCACCUGGAAAAUUCAUCAGAUACCACUACCCAGUCCACAAAUAAGCCGGGUUAUGAGUGCAUCUUUCAAGAACAACGCUUCCUUUGUGUCGCGAUUGCCGACAAUACGACGUCAUAAAAGCACGUCCCUACAUUCCCCUGCACCGCAUUCAAAACCAGUAGUCCAUCGGUACGAUGUCAACGCUAGUGCUGAAAACCUCGGGGCAACGAAUGGCCGCUCAGGGUGCAAUCGACACAAGCCAUCCUUCAGCGAGGAUUCGGUGGCCGAGACGGCGUUUUCCAAGAAAUCCGAUGACGAAGAUGAUGAGCCGCGCUGCGUGACAUUAACUCCCAGACAUAAGGCCGCCAUUCGUUUUAUAAGAAAGCUCAAGUAUUUUGUCGCACGCAAGAGAUUUAGAGAAGCUUUGAAACCCUACGACGUCAAAGACGUUAUUGAACAGUACUCCUCUGGACACGCCGAUCUCCUUAACCGAACCAAGAACCUACAAUACAGGUUAGAUCAAAUUCUCGGCAAACAAGGUUCAAAAGCGAAAGAUGUCUAUGCAUCUAAAAUCAGCUUAGCGUCCAGGGUAGUUAAAAUAGAAAGACAAGUAGAUGAUAUAGAAAGCAAAUUGGACCAUUUAUUAGAAUUGUAUGAAGAAGAUAGACGUACUGCUAGAAGAAUAUGUGCGGAAGUAAAUAGUAAUGCUAAGGGUGGUGCGUCUGGUGAUAUAUAUGAAAAAUCACGACCAGCUCUCACAGAAAAGCAAUGUUCUGAACCGAAUUCACCACUGUCUAGAACAUUCGAACCGCCUGUUCCGACAUCAGCACCUCCCAUAGCACUGAAGCGACCGAUGAAUAGAGGAUACUCCGAUUUAGGAACGAGGUUUAUGCGCAAAAAAGUGAUCGUCAAAACAUCCUCUACGAGAAAUGGAGAAUCUCCAAGAGAUGAUGAAGUAGUUAUUGUAGUACCAGACCGGGAAGAUACCCCUCCAAGACUCAUCACAGAUAGUUCAGAAGUGUGCGCCAGCUGUUCCGUAGAGGUAGAGACGGAAGCUGAGGCGGGCGGCACGCGGUCCGGCAGCUCGGGCUCGCCGUCGUGGUGCGAGGGCGACGCGGGCGACGAGCGCGGCUACGGCUCCGGGGACUCGCUCGCCGAGGACACCGCCCUGCUGGGCGACGCCGUCCAGACGGCUCACCAGCCGCGCUUACUCAGGCCUCAAAGAAGAGACGUCGCUGUCGAUCUCCAUCUUCUUCGCCCUGACGUAUGAGAGACGCUUUACGAUUACCGGACUAAAGUAUGAGAAAACACUAAGUGCUCCUCAUUCUUUAAAACUCGCACAAACAGCAAUUCACUCAGUUAAUUUUAGUUAGGUGCUUCUAGUUAAUAAAGAUUGAAAGUGUU